AUGAUUCUCCGUCACAAAAGAGGAGGUGCAGCUGCAAUUAGACAGGAAAGACAUAAGUUUCUCUCCUUUCUUGAUUUUCAGUGGGAGGAGCUUUUACAUCUUCAACGACCUCUUCUCACAUCUUCAUCAAUGCAAUCAAAGCUUUCAACGAAUCGUAAGAAAGUUCUUCAGCUGAUUAAAUGUGGUGAACUUUCCCGAGCAGCAAAAUUGCUUUUGAGUCCUGGCCUUGCUCCAGUCUCUGCAGAAACGGUUGUAAAGCUGUCCUUGAAGCACCCUGCUCGAGUGAAGAGUGUGCCCUGUCCAGAAGUCUUGCCUCAAUCCACCAGUCUCUCUGAGUCACUGUUCUUUUCUACUUUGUCCAAACUUCCCAAGAGUUCCGGAUCUGGCCCGUCUGGAUGGAACUUUGAUCAUUUCAAGGCACUUGCGAGUAGGUCUACUACAGCCAGAAAGUUCUUUACUGUCUGUAACCUGAUUGCAAGUGGAUCUAUCCCUCAAGGCAUAGUCGAGGUCCUUUUAGCUUCUCGACUUGUUGCUCUCUCGAAGCCAUCUGGUGAUGUGAGGCCAAUCGCAGUCGGCGAGUGUAUCAGGCGGCUCACGGCUAAGACUUUGUGUCUACAAAAGAAAGAAUCCUUUUCAUCCUUCCUCUCUCCCCUCCAACAUGGAUUAGCGGUCGAAGGAGGACCAAAGCUUAUUGUACAUCAUAUUAGUCUACUUCUGGAAUCCAAUCCUGAUUGGGUCAUCUUAAAAACGGACUUGAAAAAUGCCUUCAACUCGGUAUCACAAUCCCAUCUAUUACCUGAAGUUGCAAAAGCAUUCCCCGACAUCUACCAACAUGUCCAUCAAAUGUAUGCCGGUUUCAGUCCUUUGGUUUUCAACGACGGGAAAAUUGCUCACAUUCUGCGGUCCGAGGAAGGAAUCCACCAAGGGGACCCCCUUGGACCCAUGCUAUUUUCUGUCGCCUUGCAUCCAUUUCUUUUGGGUCUCCAGAAGAACCACUCAUCCACCCGUGUCCUAGCCUACUUGGACGAUAUCUUAAAAGAAAUUGGUCUCAACGUAGCAAUCGAAAAAUGCGAGCUUCUGUGCAAUAGUCUCCCAGACCAUCCCCAUCUCGAUAGAGCUAUUCGAGUUGUGUCUUCUGGAACAAUCAUAUUGGGGAUUCCCAUUGGUCAUCAACACUAUGUCAUCGAGACUUGUUUGGAAUUUGCUAAAGGAGGACAGGGUCUAUGUGACGAGCUUGCUUCCUUGGAUGACCCCCAGUCUGUGUAUCCCACUCUGCUGAAACCCGCUACCAGGUUCCAUGAUGAGCUAACGAAGGCAACUUUCCGGCAAUUGGUCUGCUGCCACGAUAUAGGGGAGCAACAGUGGCUGCAAGCAACAUUGCCAAUCCGGAACGGUGGGUUUGGCAUGUCCACUGUGGAGUCAACUUGUCCAAUCGCGUUUGUAUCAAGUUGGGCCCGUUCUCUAGCUCACCUCCCUCAAUCAUUUGGUGAUCUCACAGACUUAGUCAAAAAUAUCUCUCGUGCAGUCCAACAUCCAGGUCACAACGGAUCAAUCGCCUCUCAUCUUUUGCAGGCCCUGCCAGAAAAUAAGAGCCUCGUUGAACUUAUCAACAACCCGAAAAAGCUACAGAAAAAGCUAAAAUCGGAGCAAACGGAACAAAUUGUGUCGUCUAUUCUCUCAAACCCACUAUCUCAGCGCUCAGCUGCUCGUUUCAGAUCGCUACAGGGACUUGGAGCAGGCGCAUGGCUUGACUCAAUACCUUCUUCUGCGAAGCUUGCAUUAAAACCCAGCGAUUUUCGCUUAGCAACACGCAUGAGGUUGGGUCUUGAAAUGCCUCUCGGUUCUGUUGUCCCUGUAUGCGAAUGCGGCAAAGACAUUGAUAAAGACGGCUAUCACCUUCUCACAUGUAAGACCGGCGGUGGGCCAAUAUGGACUCACGAGACAUUGUCUAGUGUUUGGAGCGACUGUCUACAGCAUUUGAAGAUGUCCCAUCAGCGGGAACCAAGGAAUCUUUACGUUAAUAGCGACGACCGCCCCGACAUCGUUGUCUUUGACGCUCAACAAGGUUGUGACAUUGAGCUGGACAUCUCGGUGGCCCACCCAUGGGCACUACAUGUGAUCUCUCGAGCAGCUCAGGAAGACGGCGCGGCCGCAGCUACCCGUGAGCUAAUGGUUUCUGAGAAGAUUGCACGAAUUCGAUUUUAUGACCUCAUUGCCGAACAACCCAUUGUGUCAUUGGAUGCAAGUCGUGUGACAAUGAUGAGUGCCGAUUGGUGCCCAGUGAACAGCAUGUUGGUAGGAGCAACGGCAAAUGAAAAUUGGCAUGUGUGGGAUCUUUCUGCUUCAAGUCAAUCGAUUCAGAGUGGAUUAGCUCACCGAACGAUGGGCUCACAGUUUAGAUGGUGUCGACAGGGUGAGUUAUUGUUUUCAACGGCAUCUACAUUAGACAAGGAAUUCAAACUACAUCAUGGAGGACACCAAAAGGUGUCCAUAUCCAUGUCAUUGACUCAGUGUGGCUCGUCAAGGAGAGACCCAUGGGCCAGUGCUGUGUCUGACAUUCGUAAUUUGCAAGGUGGGAGAAGUGAGAUUAAUGUGCAGACGUCCUCUAGUGGAGCAGCUGGCUUGUUGACUAUCAGGGUACCCAGUAUGGCUCCAAAUGAAAUAUUGAAAUCUGUGAUGGAGUCUGCUCAUGAUAUUGCUGUCGAAGGAAUUGAGAGAACACUCUAUUUUAGUAAAGGUUUUGUAGAAAAGAUCUGGAAUAGAAUGUGUUAUGCAGUCAGCAUUUUAGAUCAGUUUCUUCAUUGCUGUGUAUUUGCAAGUGCUGUUGAUCGUCUCGAUCCAGUUGUUAAGGCUGAUUAUGAAGUUGCUGUGAAAUAG